GCGGCGCGCGAAGAGGGCGUGGCCAGCGGUCGGCGCUGUCAAGCCCAGGUCGGUGUCGGGAGAGGGCGGACGGGCCGGGCGGUGGCAGGAUCCUGUCUGUUGCUGCAGAACAAAAAUGUUUCACUUAAGGACUUGUGCCACUAAAUUGAGGCCUCUAACAGCCUCACAGACUGUUAAGACUGUUUCUCUAAAUAAGCCAGCAGCACCAAGGACGUUUCAACAAAUCAGGUGCUAUAGCGCGCCUGUUGCUGCUGAGCCGUUUUUGAGUGGAACUAGUUCGAACUAUGUGGAGGAAAUGUACUAUGCUUGGUUGGAAAACCCCAAAAGUGUACAUAAGUCAUGGGACAUAUUCUUUCGCAACGCCAAUGCUGGAGCUGCUCCUGGUACUGCUUACCAAAGCCCCCCUCCAUUAAGUACCAGUCUGUCGACUCUGACGCACGCACAGUCCUUGCUUCAAGCACAGCCAAAUGUAGAUAAACUGGUGGAAGAUCAUCUUGCAGUCCAGUCCCUUAUUAGGGCGUAUCAGAUUCGAGGGCAUCAUGUAGCACAGCUGGACCCCCUGGGCAUCUUGGAUGCUGAUUUGGACUCUUCCGUUCCAGCCGAUAUUAUCACUUCCGCAGACAAACUGGAUCUUGCAAUAUUCAAGGAGCGGCUGAGAGUGCUAACCGUAGGAGGGUUUUAUGGACUGGCUGAAUCGGACCUCGACAAGGUCUUUCACUUGCCUACGACCACUUUCAUUGGAGGAAACGAGUCUGCUCUUCCCCUGCGUGAAAUCAUCCACCGUUUAGAGAUGGCUUACUGCCAGCAUAUUGGUGUGGAAUUCAUGUUUAUCAACGACCUGGAGCAAUGCCAAUGGAUAAGACAGAAAUUUGAGACUCCGGGCGUCAUGCAGUUCACUAAUGAGGAGAAGCGCACCCUGCUGGCUAGACUGGUCCGGUCAACCAGAUUCGAAGAGUUCCUUCAUAGGAAAUGGUCUUCUGAAAAGCGAUUUGGCUUGGAAGGCUGUGAGGUGCUGAUACCUGCCUUGAAGACAAUAAUUGACAAGUCAAGCGAGAAAGGAGUGGAUUAUGUUAUCAUGGGGAUGCCGCACAGGGGGCGUCUGAACGUUCUUGCCAACGUGAUCAGGAAGGAGUUAGAGCAGAUUUUCUGCCAGUUUGACUCCAAGCUGGAGGCUGCAGAUGAGGGAUCGGGAGAUGUGAAGUACCAUUUGGGAAUGUACCAUCGAAGGAUAAAUCGUGUAACUGACAAGACCAUCACUCUUUCAUUGGUUGCAAACCCAUCUCACUUGGAGGCUGCUGAUCCUGUGGUUCAGGGCAAGACGAAGGCCGAACAGUUUUAUUGUGGAGACACUGAAGGGAAGAAAGUGAUGUCCAUUCUUUUGCACGGUGAUGCCGCUUUUGCUGGGCAAGGGAUAGUUUAUGAGACAUUUCACUUGAGUGACCUGCCUUCCUAUACGACCCAUGGGACUGUUCAUGUUGUGGUGAACAACCAGAUCGGAUUCACCACUGACCCCCGCAUGGCUCGUUCGUCUCCGUACCCAACAGAUGUGGCCCGUGUGGUGAAUGCCCCCAUUUUCCACGUGAAUGCUGAUGACCCAGAGGCAGUGGUUUAUGUAUGUAAUGUGGCAGCUGAGUGGCGAAGUACUUUCCACAAAGAUGUCGUGGUGGACCUGGUGUGCUACAGGCGAAAUGGACACAAUGAAAUGGAUGAGCCAAUGUUCACUCAGCCAUUAAUGUACAAGCAGAUCCGAAAGCAGAAGCCCGUGCUACAGAAAUAUGCUGAGACGCUGAUCUCUCAAGGGGUGGUAAAUCAGCCUGAGUACGAGGAAGAAAUUUCCAAGUACGAUAAGAUCUGUGAAGAGGCCCAUGCCCGAUCCAAGGACGAAAAAAUCCUUCACAUCAAGCACUGGCUCGAUUCUCCCUGGCCUGGUUUCUUCACUCUGGAUGGGCAGCCCAGGAGCAUGACCUGCCCUUCCACUGGUCUGAAUGAAGAAGAAUUGGUCCAUAUAGGAAAGGUGGCCAGCUCAGUGCCUGUCGAGAACUUUACCAUUCAUGGCGGUUUAAGCCGAAUUCUGAAAACUCGUGGAGAGAUGGUCACUAACAGGACUGUAGACUGGGCCCUGGCUGAGUACAUGUCAUUCGGCUCUCUCCUAAAAGAGGGAAUCCACAUCCGACUGAGCGGGCAGGAUGUUGAGAGAGGAACAUUCAGUCAUCGGCACCACGUCUUACAUGAUCAGAAUGUAGAUAAACGGACUUGCAUCCCCAUGAACCAUCUGUGGCCAAACCAGGCUCCCUACACUGUCUGCAAUAGCUCUCUCUCGGAGUACGGAGUUCUUGGGUUUGAGCUGGGUUUUGCUAUGGCCAGCCCUAACGCAUUAGUGCUGUGGGAAGCCCAAUUUGGCGACUUCCACAAUACGGCUCAAUGCAUUAUUGACCAGUUCAUCUGCUCCGGACAGGCCAAGUGGGUGAGACAAAACGGCAUUGUGCUGCUGCUUCCUCAUGGCAUGGAAGGCAUGGGCCCAGAGCAUUCUUCUGCCCGGCCAGAGCGAUUCCUGCAGAUGUGCAAUGAUGAUCCAGAUGUCUUCCCGAAACUAGACGACUUUGACGUGCGCCAGCUGUAUGACUGUAACUGGAUUGUUGUGAACUGCUCCUCUCCAGCAAACUUUUUCCAUGUUGUGCGGAGGCAAAUACUUCUCCCCUUCCGGAAGCCGCUGAUUGUGUUCACUCCAAAGUCGCUGUUGCGUCACCCUGAAGCUCGGUCCAGCUUUGACGAGAUGCUGCCAGGCACGCAUUUCCAACGCAUCAUCCCGGACAGCGGCCCUGCCGCCCAGAAUCCAGAGGGAGUCAAGAGAGUGCUCUUCUGCACUGGCAAAGUCUAUUAUGAACUUACUCGAGAGCGCAAGGCCCGGCAGAUGGAAGCAGAUGUGGCUAUCACAAGGGUGGAGCAGCUAUCUCCAUUCCCUUUUGACCUCCUACUAAAAGAAUUCCACAAAUACCCAAAUGCUGACCUGGUUUGGUGUCAGGAGGAGCACAAAAACCAAGGAUAUUAUGACUAUGUGAAGCCUAGACUCCGCACAACCAUCGACCGCGCAAAGCCAGUGUGGUACGCUGGACGUGAGCCUGCCGCCGCACCAGCCACAGGCAACAAAAAGAAUCACCUGACGGAACUGCAGCGCCUCUUGGACACGGCCUUCAACCUCGACUCCUUCAAGGGCUUGUCUUAGAUACACUUGGAACUGGUUCUGCAGCACACUGUGUGUGUGUGUGUGUCCCUGUCUGUCUGUCAGCUCAGCUCCUUUUUGCGUCCUUUGCUAUAGACCUUGUAAUCCUAACUUAAGACCCCUUUUAUUAACUUCUUGUUUUGCUACUGAGCAACUCCCUCUUAAAUCACCCUUCUCUAGGAUGCUGGCUUUUUCUUCCGUGUCCUGCAAGCUCAGACCUUAGGGACAAUCUGGCUAUCACUCCAGCACAGUGUUAACAGCCUUUCCCCCACCCCACCCCCACCCCCCAGUCAUCCAACCCAGCCUGCAUUAACCGGCUCCACUCCUUCAGAAUCAAGAGCCCCGGUAGGAAUGGUACUUGCCUUCCAAAUGACUUUUUGUCCGAGACUGAUGGUUCCAGGUGUGGCGUGCACCACUUCCAGCUCAAAAAUGAUACUGGAAGCAGACAAUUACUUUUGAAUCCCAAUCACGCACACAUGCCCAGCUUGAAAGGCUAGAGGUGUUAUCUUCACAUUUGUUUUGCCUGAUCAUGUACUUCUAGAGCAGCACAAGCCUUGAUUGGGGUGGAAGGGGGGGCACACAUUAUUCCUUUUUUUAAAAAUACCACUGAAUAUACUGGGAUAGCACCCUCACUCACCUUCCUUGUCUUCUGUGGCUUGCAUUGCCCUUAGAGAAAUGUACCAGGCCGCUGCAGAUCAAACCUUCAAAGGAUUCCUCAGAUAAAAACUAUGGACUGACCCAGCCAGGCACUGAUCUGGUUUCUUGUUUUACAAAACCUGCAUCCCUUUGUAGAUGCUGUAGGCACCAUAGCUUGCCUUGGAGUCUCCUGAUAGUCAUCACAGCCAUAAAAGGGCCUUUGAAUUUGCUUAGCUGCCAUUCUCCAGUGCUGUGUCAAGGUAACGCUGUCAUUGGUAACUGAAAAUUCACUGGGUUUCCACCAAUCAAUAUACGUGAGGAAAUUUAGGCACUUAGAUCUGUCCCUGUCUUUGAUUGCAAUUCUGCAUCAGGAGCACCAAAUUAAUUUAAUUCCUUUCGUUGCGUCACUUGAGAAGAAUGAGGCUUUGCCCAAUAUUAUCAUACAGCUUUCAGUCCGGAUGCACAUUUCCCCCCUGCAUGCUUGGCUGAUGGUUCUGCUUAUUUUGUAAGUCCCUUCCAUCAUGAUUAUUUCAUUGGAUCUGCUGUGAUUUGGAGGAGCACAUGUUCAUACGGAAUGAGGUUUUUCAAAUAGCUGUCCACGGGAAACUUCCAAAGGCAUCUGAAGCAGAUAAUCCUAUAUCGGAAGCUUCAUACAGGCUGCUGCAUGAGGCUGCCCCUCUCCCCACUGCACUGACCUGGAGUGUGUCCACCUUCCCUCCUUCUUCCCCAAGUGUUUCUUUAACACUUCCCCACAGGCUGUUCACUAUUUCAAGAUGCACGGAGAAUGAGGGAGGAAAGCACACACAGCGUUCUAUCUCCUCGGUGACUGUAAGAUAGAGGCUUGCCCCAAAUCCACCUUCAGAGCCAUUAGCUGUGCACAGCAUAUUAAUGGCUAGCCCACUAGCACCGUUCCCACCCUCCCCCAGCACCCCUGACUUGUCCAGAGCUUUCGGCCCAGACAAAACCUGUGUUGCUGGGUAGAAGGGCAGCUUGCUCUACCUCUGUGGGCUCAGACAGCAAGCAGAAGUCGGGCUGUGCACCGCUUUCAUCCCAGAAAUAACUUGCACCUCCUUCUCAGUGGCUUCCUCCUGGAUUUACGCAGCUUCGCACACAGGGCUCCCCGUAGCCUGGCUCUGAUCAGGGAAAGAGAUCGUGCGCCACUGCGGCUUUAAGAAGGGUGUUCCAAACCUUGUCCUUUCUGUGGACCCUUCACAUGGUUGGCAGGUGCUUGACUUUUCCAGAGUUGCCAGGGAGCAGGUGCCUUAGUUCUGUGCCAGGAAAGUUCUUGGUCAUUUUUCUGAGCAAGGAUCCAAGUAGGUUGUCUCCCCACAGGAUGGUUAAAGGUUUCGACCCUAUGUAAGGGCUAGUGUCUCUACUACAUGGCUCCUGUGCCCACUGGAAUAUUACUUUAGCAGUGCUGAUGUCCCACAUAUUUCACCCCAAAUCCAUAGGCUUAAAAGACAGGACAGUCCCAAACACCCCACUGUGUGGCUUUUAUGUCAGAGACGGAUGCAGAACCUGGAUUAUUUUUCUUGUCGCUGGUAGCGGCUUCCAAUCACAGGAGUUACCUGGUGAUCUUUGAGUAAUAAGUUGACAGUGCAGCUGGGCUCUUUGCCCUGCACUGAGCGAUUGUCACAAGACGGUAGGCAGAAACACCUGCACCAGUGACUUGAGAUUGGUUCCCGCACCGGCUGCAGCCUGCCUUCCCCAGACAGAGCAUCGUUCAUGCAAAGAUGCCCUUCUACACAAGUUUGCACCCAUUCUGUGUCUAUUUCCUGAGUUUCUAAAUGAGGCCCGUACGUGCUCAUCUCCCAUAUCAGAGCCUCCGGUCUCUUCCAAAAACAAAUCUGAGCAAUCUAUGAUCAUCUGCCCAGCUUCUGGGCAUUAAUAGGGGAAGAGCUGGUUCCUUCUGUCCCCUCGCUUUCUUUUGUGUGUGCUGCCAGCCAUAUGAAAAAUGUGUGCCAUCUUGUGAAUAAAUUUUUUUCUAUAAUAUAUGAAUCUGUGCUGUUUCAGUAGAGGGAACAGCAUGCUCCAAAAGCGAUGCCCAAUGGAAAGAGAGGCUGUUGCAAACUGGGGCUCUGCUGGUGAUUUUUCUUUUCCCUUUUUAGCUCUGCAGAAGAAGGAUCCCCAUGUCUAACCUUUGCUAAAGCCAGGGGGGGCAGCAGGAAAGGGAAACUGCCUGUUCUGAGCUAGCACACUACCUGGGGGCUCUCCACAAACUCACAUACAGAUUUAUUUAUUUUGGUUUUAAAACACAGUCAAACGGAGAUGUGUCUGGCUUAAACAAUAAAGCCUGAUCUUCUGGC